CCCCCGAGAGCACCCACACAUCCCAGUGUUGACAAACAGGGAGGUGCAGGCCGCAGGGAGGAGGCGGUGAUGGCGGGGGACUCACAGCACACGGCGUACCCCAAGCUGCUCAACCUAUUCAUAUUCAACUCGACAUACGGCCAGAAGGAGGGACAUGAACACGAGAAGAUCCUGUUUUACUACCCUAACUCGGCCGACCUAGACACACAGGUGCGGCACGUGGGGCUGGCUGAGGCCAUCACAAGGUUCUCCAGCACAUUCAGGAAGGAUGGGGACUGUGAGGCCGUGCACACACAGAAAACACGCCAGCUCUUCAUGCAGCCUGAGCCCAACAUCUGGAUGGUCAUGACAGUGGCCAUAGGGUGGGUGUCCAGGAUGAGAGAGUCAGGACCAGUGAGGGAGUACCAGAGUGAGGCAGUGCAGGAUGUGGUGCUGCGUGCCUGCCUGGCUUCCCUGUACCGCACCUUUGCCCUGCGCCACAGCUCCUUCAAUGCUGUGCUGGAGGCGAGGGGGCUGGAGGGACUCAAGGCCACACUGGAGUCUUUCCUUACCUCUUACAUGUCCUCGGUGGAGCUGAGCAGUGGGGACAUCCUGACAGUGUGGUCUGGUGUCUCCUUCCUCCCGCUGGACAGACAGACCUUCCUCAGGAUACACUGCUGCCUGUCCCUCCUCCAGGCUUCCUUCCCCAGCAUCGCCCACACUGCCUUCUUCUAUAACCAGCAUAUUGUGUGGUGUGGCCUGGCAAUGGAGGACCUGCGUUCUCUCUCCCAGUACCUCAACACCCAGCUGCUGCCCUCCCGGAAGGACUCCCCUCACCUCCUCUACCUCCGUCCUCCCUCUCCUCCUCCCACACGUCCUAUCUCUCCAGGUUCGUGGGCAAGGGCCUGUUUGAGAAGAUCGACCGGCUGCUGGAGUCUAAAGUGUCACAGCUGGCCAGUGACAUCGGGGAGCAGGCCAGCAAGAAGGCGGGGAGCGGGCCAGGAGCAGAAGGGGGCAGCGGGGGUGGGGGAGGGGGUGCAGGGGGCAGCGGUGGGGGGAACAUUCCGCUAUGUGUACCACAACCACAUGAACCUUGCCACGAAGAGCACAGUGCACGCCCCCAACCAGCCUCUGCCGGCAGAGGUCAUGCGGGCCAUCGCGGACAUGCACUCAGAUAUGGAAAAAUGCCAAAGCGGGGAGCUGGUGGUGAAGACGUCACAGGACCAUUGGAUUGUCGGAAGGUGUGGAGACGGGAGAGAAUUUUACGUUGUCGUCAAUCACAAGAAUGCAAACUUGGUGGAGGUGACAGAUGAAGUGAGUCGGAUGUGUGCAAGUCACUUCAGCAACAUCUUCAUGAUUGAGUGACCUGCCAACACCAUCCAGUCAUCCAGUCAUCCAGUCAUCCAGUCAGUCAGUCAAGUGUUGGGACUGUUAGUGUGAAUUAUUGCUUUUAUUAUUAUUAUUAUUAUUAUUAUUAUUAUUAUUAUUAUUAUUAUUAUUAUUAUUAUUAUUAUUAUUAUUGUUAUUAUUGUUAUUAUCAUGAUUACUGUUAUGAGUUUCUAUGCAUAUUGGUAUUAAUAUAUUUAUUUAGGAAGAAAAACAAGAGGAAAAGUAUUUGUACUUUGAAGAAGCAGCUAUACUUUAUAUUAUUACUUUUAUCACCAUUACUAUUGACUGUCCCCUUCCACCAGGGGCCAACGGGGGUAAGAGUGUGAAUGACGUGUGUGUGAGUGUCUGGUGCUUUGUCUGGGCCACCCUGUAUGGGAUUGCCAGCCUGGUACAUGGAUAGAUAAAUAGAUUAUUACUAUUUAUCAUUAUUGUUUUCUAAUCUUAUCAUUCCUUUGUUUGAGAAUGAAAGACAUGAGAACAAAAGAAAGAACAUGAAUUUUUUGAAAGUGGAAGCUGUGUUUUUUAUUAGUCACCAUUAUUAUCGUAUAGUGUCAUUAUAAAGGGUCAGGGGUGAACUAGUGUAUGCUGCCAGGCCUUGCUGUGUGUGUGUGUGUGUGUGUGUGUGUGUGUGUGUGUGUGUGUGGGGCCAGCUGUGGUGUGCCUGGGGUCUUGGGGUGUAGUAGGGUGGUCCCUGAGGCUGUCCCUUUCCACCAGGGGCUGACAGGCCUAAGAUAUUAAAUGGUGUGUGUGUGUGUGUGUGUGUGUGUGUGUGUGUGUGUGUGUGUGUGUGUGUGUGUGUGUGUGUGGUGCUUUACCAGAGCCACCCUGUAUGCAAAUGCCAGCCAGGUAUAUAGAUAGAUAAAUUAUUAUCAUUAUCCAUCAUCAUUAUCAGCCCUGUGGUAUGUUGGUUAGUAUGCUCGCCUCACACAGGAGGGCCCAGGUUGGAGUCCCUGGCUAGGUCAAGACACUGGGCUAGUACAGCAGCUCCCAAAUCUUUAAAAACGAGGUCUACAGUCCGCCACAAUGGACAACAUUAUUUUAUUUGACACGCUUGGUGAUUACAGUGGCAACAGUUGGCAGCCCUGCACAAUGCAGAUGGGUGCCAUGUAUUACAACCUGGGAAACAGAUUGG